AUGCAUGAUGCGGGUCGACAGACGAAGCCCAGCGUCUUUCAUAUGUCUAAGUCUGUGCAUUCUGGAACUGCUUGUCCGGCUUCUAUGAAGCUUUCCAAAGGGGUUCCGGAUGCCGAUGAUUUCGCACCUACCACCAAAAUCGUUUCCCUACAGAAAUCUAGUGAUCUAGCCGUUGUCUCCCCGAGCUACCUAGGACCUAGGAAAGAGUUUGAAAAGCUUCAAGGCAAGCUUGUGAUUCUCGACAAUUCAAGCAAGCGAGAUGCGGUUCCCUCGGUAGCUUCCUUAUUGAAGAUCUACCUUCCGUCUACUGAUCCAAGCAGAUUGUGGCGCACUGUAACCAAUAACGGUUGCAAAUCAAGCCUAUCAACGGAGUGGCGUAUGAUAGAGAAAAUCCGCCAAAGCAGAUCGAUGCUCACAGACAGGACUUUUGACCGAUAUGUUCAAAUUUGCAUUCUUCCUCCUCCUUGGAAUGGAAAGGGCUGGUGGUUAGGGAUCGGCAGUACAGUGCCAAGAACUGAAAUCCUAACAAGGAAGUUCACAACGGUUUUGAUGCACACUUUGGGAUAUCAAGACCGUGGUCUGCAGUGGGUGUUAUCUCAAGCAUUACCCUCGAAAACAAAACCUUCGGCCUGCACUGAUCCGCGAUCUUAUAUGUACGGUUCUUAUCCCGCUGAUCAGUCGCACUCUAGCAGUAGUGUGCACAAUCCCAAUACAUGCACCCUCAUAGAGGUGUCUUCAUGGUCAGGUUUUUAG